GAUUUUAAAAAGUUCUUUGCAGAAGAGUAUUAGACCAGAACUAGAGGAUCACAAUGACAAGAAGAUUCAUCUGUUUAAUGCUAAUAGCUGUUGUGGGAGCUACUGCAAGCAAAGCACAGGAAUUUGAAGGCAACGACGAGGAAACAGAACAAGAAUUCAUUUAUAUGAACAGAUAUAAGCGUUCCAGUGACACACAGGACAAAUGCACUUACACCUUUAUUGUACCUCAACAGAGAGUGACAGGUGCCAUUUGCGUUAAUUCCAAGGAGCCUGAAGUUCUACUUGAAAACAGGGUAAAUAAACAAGAAUUACAGUUACUUAACAAUGAACUUCUUAAACAAAAGAGACAAAUAGAAAAUCUCCAGCAACUGGUAGAAGUGGAUGGUGGGAUUGUUAAUGAGGUUAAACUCUUAAGAAAAGAGAGCAGAAAUAUGAAUUCUCGUGUCACACAACUCUAUAUGCAGUUACUACAUGAAAUUAUCCGAAAACGUGACAACGCCUUAGAACUUUCUCAACUUGAGAAUAAGAUUUUGAACCAAACUGCAGAUAUGUUGCAGCUCGCAAACAAAUACAAAGACUUAGAGCACAAGUACCAACAUUUGAUGUCAAUUGCCAAUAAUCAGUCCAUAAUAAUUGCCCAACUGGAAGAACACUGUCAAAGAAUGCCAUCCAUAAAGCCACUGCCACAAACUCCACAGCCACCAAAUAAAGUGUACCAGCCUCCUACUUACAAUCGCAUUAUUAACCAGAUAUCUACUAAUGAGAUUCAGAGUGAUCAGAACUUAAAGGUUUUGCCACCUACCUUACCAACCAUGCCUGCAGUUACUAGUAUUCCAACUUCAACUGAUAAACCAUCUGGGCCCUGGAGAGACUGUCUACAAGCAUUAGAAGAUGGCCAUGAUACAAGCUCCAUCUAUCUUGUAAAACCGGAAAACACAAACCGGCUUAUGCAGGUGUGGUGUGAUCAACGGCAUGACCCUGGUGGCUGGACAGUCAUUCAGAGACGGCUGGAUGGGUCUGUCAACUUCUUCAGGAACUGGGAGACAUACAAGCAAGGAUUUGGUAAUAUAGAUGGAGAAUAUUGGCUCGGAUUAGAAAAUAUUUAUUGGUUAACAAAUCAAGGCAACUACAAACUGCUCAUAACAAUGGAAGACUGGUCAGGUCGAAAAGUCUUUGCUGAGUACGCUAGCUUCAGACUGGAGCCAGAAAGCGAGUAUUACAAGUUGAGAUUGGGACGCUACAAUGGCAAUGCGGGAGAUUCUUUCACUUGGCACAAUGGCAAACAGUUCACCACGCUGGACCGGGACCAUGAUGUAUACACAGGGAAUUGCGCUCAUUACCAGAAGGGAGGAUGGUGGUACAACGCAUGUGCUCAUUCAAAUCUCAAUGGAGUUUGGUAUCGUGGAGGACACUACCGCAGUCGUUAUCAGGAUGGUGUUUACUGGGCUGAAUUCCGGGGGGGAUCAUAUUCACUAAAGAAAGUUGUUAUGAUGAUAAGACCUAACCCCAACACAUUUCACUGAAAUAAUUCUUCUCUUGGCUUGCUUUCUUGUUCUAAAAAUCACGUAAAGCUAUGAUGUUAUUAUCUGGAAUUAUCUUUUCAGAAAUGAGGAAUGUAAGAUAUUGUACAUUUAUUGCUAAGAUAUGAGGGCUUGUAUAUUGUAUUUUCAAGAAUCAUUCCAGGAAAAAAAAAAGCUGAAGAAAAAAAAGGAACUGAAAUGACAUACCAUUCAGAACACCUCUUGAUGCUAAAAGUAGUUAUAUUAAGCCUUUUAGAACUGGCAGUUUAAAUGGACUGUAGAUAAACUUUCUGGUUUUUAUUCCCUGUAAAUUAAGUUUGGAUGGUAAAAAUACUGCCACAACAUUUAAAUAUUUUUGUAUUUUAUAUUAUGUAUAAAUAUUCUCAAAUACAGGAAAUACUACAAACUGUACAGCAAGAGUUUUAUUAUUAUUAUUAUAAGCAAUCAUUUGACACAGGAAAUCAUAUCCUUUGAACUUUGUAGCUGGUACAUGUACAGUAGUGUGAUUAUUCUAAUUUAAUCUUUGUUAACUGCCAUGAAUAAAGUUAGUACU